AUGCUGGCUUCCGGCUUUGCAAACACGCCCGUCACGCGUGCGCUGGUGGUGGGCGUGGUGCUCUCCGCCUUCCUCGCCAGCAUCACCGACACCAAAUACUAUUUCUGGAUCCAGCCGCGCCCGCAUCUCCUCGACUACUGGCAAUACUGGAGACUGCUCACGUGGCAGCUAUGCUAUACGAAUAGUACCGAGGUGCUCUUCGCCGCCAUGACUCUCUACCAACUCCGCAUCGUGGAGAGACUGUGGGGCAGUCGGAAGUUUGCCUCUUUCAUCAUCUCCACUUUUCCCUACACUGCCCUCCUCCCGCCCAUCCUUCUGGCUGUCGUCAUCCGCCCACUCAGCUUCGGGCAUAUCAACUACCUGCCCGCGGGACCUACGGCCAUCAUCUUCUCCUUGCUGGCACAGUAUCACGCCGCGAUCCCCUACGCCUACAAAUACCGUGUAUCAAGCUCUCUGCCACCUGGGCCAGACCGCGGAUUCAUGCUCACAUCGAAAUCCACCUCCUACCUUCUUCCCCUUCAACUCGCCCUCUCUCAACUUCCAGGCUCGGCCAUCGUAGCCGCGAUCGGAUGGCUUGUGGGCUUUGCGUACAGAAGAGACGUUCUCCCUGGUGCGGGCAAGUGGCGAUUGCCCGGGUGGAUCCUGGGCGGAAGAGCACAGAAAGAGCGAUACGAUACGUUACGGCGGAGGAUGGAGGGGGAAGCAGGGCGGACAACGGGCGUGGACGUGGAUGCCAAUCGCGACCAAGCGAGGAGGAGGGGGGUCAUCGGUGGGCUGGUCGAUCAGUUCAGAGGUGCUUUUUAG